AGUAGCUGCUAUCACUCUGGGUGUAUCCAUAUGCUAUACAGACUGUUGGUUGGUGUUGUCAACACUGACGGGGAGAAGAGGAAGCUUCAGUUGUCACAGUAGCUGCUAUCACUCUGGGUGUAUCCAUAUGCUAUACAGACUGUUGGUUGGUGUUGUCAACACUGACGGGGAGAAGAGGAAGCUUCAGUUGUCACAGUAGCUGCUAUCACUCUGGGUGUAUCCAUAUGCUAUACAGACUGUUGGUUGGUGUUGUCAACACUGACGGGGAGAAGAGGAAGCUUCAGUUGUCACAGUAGCUGCUAUCACUCUGGGUGUAUCCAUAUGCUAUACAGACUGUUGGUUGGUGUUGUCAACACUGACGGUGAGGAGAGGAAACUUCAGUUGGCACAUUUGUCUUCCGUCUCGUGUUCCUUGUAGGCUGCACAGAUAACAUAGACGGACCACACUGACUGUAGGAUGGUCAUGUAUCGGAUUUCACGACUGAUGCUACUGACAUUCGUUGGUUUCACAGAACACGUAGGUUCUUUAGUGCUGACAAGUUCCCCCAUGACAGCGACAGACGGAGAACUGUUCACCCUGAUCUGCAGCAGUAACACAACUGGGGGACAAGAUAGACAGUGGAACAGAGAUGGUGUAUCACCAGUCUUCACCACAAAACAAAGUUCCACCAGUCCCAGUGUAGGCAACAGUUACAUCUUCGACAGGUAUCUGUCAGGUCGUGUCAAUGUGAGCUGUAAUGCCACACAACACAAUGUGACUCUCAGGAUCAACUCCGCCGUAGACAAUGGAUCCAGGUGGCAGUGUGUGGAUCAUUUUGACAGUCAGACGAGCAAUACGAUGGCGAUAUAUGUGACUGUUCACCAGUCAACACACUCUGCAUCAGUUUCUACAGUUUCUACAACAACCACAACAUCAUCAUCGUCUGCGUCAACAGUUUCCCCAGGUGACACUAGUAUGUCCAUCAGUACUCCCCCUGUGACAACGACACAGCAAUGUCCAGCGUGUGUUACCUCCCCCAGUGGCGUCUACGUAGCAGCUGGAACUGUUGGCGGUGCUGUGUUCGGCAGCGUCGUCACUGUCGUUGUCGUCGCCCUGUGGACGCACAACAAGAACAAGACCAAAGAUGCCCAAGCUACAAACGUAUACGCCUCUACAUCAGCGUACGAUGACGUCGAUCACCAAUACGCCAUGGCUCCGAGGCAGUACGUCAACACCGUGGAGGGUGCAGAGACACCACACUACGUGAAUGCAGACAGGGAUACAGGAGACACGGCCUACUACAACACUACACAGUGAACACC